AUGAUUUUCGAACCGGCAGAACGGCUUCUGCUUCCAACAACUGACAUAUUGUCCUAUAUUUUUGACAAGCCAUCAUAUGACCAAGACCAGCCAAUCUACAUCGAUGUCAGCGAUCACACCCGGUCAAUCUCCUGUAACCAGGCGCGAAAGCUCAUCUGUCGGCUCAUUGCUGGCCUGAGGGCAUCUGGGCUGAAACAAGGCGAUUGUGUUCUCAUCCAUUCUUUCAAUGAUAUCCAUUACAGCAUUCUUGUGUUGGCCAUUAUCGGAGCUGGAGGGAUUUUUACGGGCUCUAAUCCAUCUUACACUCCCCAUGAGCUCGCUCACCAUAUCCGGGCUUCCCAAAGCAAGUUCCUUUUCUCCGAGCCCGAGAUCUUGGAUUCUCUCCUGCGUGCGGUUAAGGAGACUGAUGUAGCUGAACAAAACAUUUGGAUUUUUAACAAUCUGGGACAAGCUAUCCCGGAUGGAAUGCGCUCAUGGAAACAGCUUCUAGAAGUCGGUGAGGAAGAUUGGGUGCGAUUCAACGAUCUCAAAACCUGCGAACAAACUUCAGCGGCGAGAUUGUUUAGCAGUGGCACCACAGGUCUGCCCAAAGCGGUGACAAUCACACACCAAAAUUUCAUUGCAGAGCAUGAGCUUUAUUAUGGCUCGAAUCCGCGUCCUUACUCUGUCAGUUCAUUCCCGAUUUCGCGGGUUAUUGCAAUGCCUAUCUUCCAUGCAUCUGCAGCUCCAAUUGCGCAUAUUUCCACACUGAAAGCUGGUGCGGUUGCGUACAUGAUGCGUCGGUUCAACCUCGAGACUUACCUCGCUACAGUCGAAAAAUACAAUGUCACAGACCUGGCAAUGGUUCCACCGAUUGUGAUCUCAAUCCUGAUGUCGCCUCUUUCUCAAAAGAAACCUUGGCUGCGAAAGACCCUCGCGGCAGCCUGUGGAGCUGCUCCCUUGGAUAAAGGCGUCCAAGCCAGGUUCCGCUCCCUGAUGGGUGACGACAAGCCGUUCACUCAGGUAUGGGGCAUGACUGAAACAUGUUCUGUUGCUACCAUGUUCCCCUUUCCCGAGCACGAUGAUACAGGUUCUGUUGGAAGACUCAUUCCAAAUCUUGAAGCUAAACUCAUCGACGAAGAAGGAAACAAUAUUUCGGCCUUUGACGUGCGCGGCGAGUUGUGCGUCCGAGGUCCGACAGUGACACCCGGGUACUUCAAUAAUCCCGAGGCCAAUGCGGAGUCUUUCGAUUCCGAUGGUUGGUUCAAAACAGGCGACAUAGCCUAUUGUGACAAGAGUACCCGCAAAUGGUAUAUUGUGGAUCGCAGAAAGGAAUUGAUCAAAGUCCGCGGCUUCCAGGUGGCACCGCCGGAGCUCGAGGCUGCGCUCUUGUCGCAUCCGGAGGUUGUGGAUGCAGCUGUCAUCGGAAUCACAUUCCCUGGUUCUGAUAUCGAGUAUCCACGUGCCUACGUGGUUCGACGACCCGGCGAUGCAGGGUCCAAGCUGACGGAAGCUGGGAUUCAAGCAUAUGUCUUGAGUCGCCUUGCGAAAUACAAAGCACUCACAGGCGGUGUGAAAUUUGUCGGCUCGAUUGCACGGAACCCAAGUGGAAAGAUUUUGAAGAGGGUAUUGCGGGAAGAUGCCAAGAAAGAGAUCGAGGCUGGACUUCUUAAGGCUAAGCUAUAA